UUUUAAAUGUCACGUGACGUGCACAGACACGACCUGUCGUCGUAGCGACAAACACUCUUAGUGAAAACGUUUUGACUCUUUGGUCUGAAACACUCAGGUAGACUGUCAAGUCAGGCAGAUUAAACCCUCUCUACACUUUGCAAUUCCUUAUCUAAAGGAGCAGGUGAGUCCACUACCUGCUUACACUACGGACGUCGACACAUUGAGUAACAUCCUGGUCUGUGUGUCACCUAACCGCCAUAUCUUGGAGAGAAGACGGUGACUCAGCUUCAGGUUAUUCGAUAUGGCUGAGCCACACGAAAGAGAGUGUGCCGUGUGCACCAAUGACUUCACCACACCAAAGAUUCUACCCUGUGGUCAUCUCCUGUGUCGACAAUGUGUCAUUUCCUGGAUGGAUUCCAAACGUGAUUGCGGGUGUCCGCUGUGUAGAUGUCCUAUAGUAGAGCAGUCAGAUGGAAGUUCGUCCGCCACUGUUGACGCCCUGCCGACAGACUUUGUGAUGGAAGCGCUGGUGGAGAGCGCUCGUGUGCUGAGUAAAGAUCACCUUUGUUGUGUGUGUGAGGACGUCAGGGCGGACUUCAUCUGUAUGCAGUGUCAGGAAAUGCUGUGCUCAUCGUGUACAAAGGCUCAUAAAAAACUUCCUGCAACCCGCAGUCACGAUGUGGAGAGUGUCAGCACUGUGACACCUGAACGUCUGGCUGCCAGCCGCCCUGCACUGUGUGCUGACCACGGCGACAAACACGCGGAGUUCUUCUGCCGCGAGCACCGCCUCGCUGUCUGCUCAGCCUGUAAGGCUAACAAACACAAAGUAUGUCGAGGAACAAACUAUCUUGACGAUGAAAUAAAGUCAAUUCAAAGUUCAUUUACCCAACUAACGAAGAUUCUGGUAGAAGCGGAGCAGAAGCUAGAGCAGGCUAUAGGUCAGGUGACGUCACGUCUACAGGAAGUUGAUGUCAGUGAACAAGAAGACAUGGCGCAGGUGGACAAGACAUGUGACCGACUUCAAAAGCUGGUGGAAGAUUUUCGUAAAAAGUUAAAGGAAAAGACUGGCACGUCACAUCUCAAAAUCAGGAAUUCAUUACGUGACGUCAAGACUGACCUUAACAACCGUCUAGGAAAGGUGACGUCACACAAACACAUUGUGACGCGAACGGCGGCAGUGUCACCACGUCCUGUACUGAUAUACAUGACACAGGCUCUGAAAGACAGGGUCAACAGCCUUGACCUUAGAGCUGACCUGCAAAGAGAUGUGUGGGUGAAGCCCUUGUCAAGUGUAGAGUGCUGUGAAGAAGUUGUGGGAAGGAUAGAACAAGAGCUACUGACGUGUGGGCAGCAGAAAAAGGAGAUAAAGGUGGCAGCACAGCCGCCAGUGACACAGUUACCAGUCUUUGUAUUCCAUGACAUCUGUGGCACCAACAUUCGUCUGAAGAACUGCAACAGGACCGCGAAGAAGAAAGAUUUAAGUCGCUUCGGCACGACAGUGGUUGUGUCACGUGACAUCAUGGUGACUAACAUCUUGUAUGAAGUGAGGGUGGACGCAGCAUCAGCUCCAAACAACACGCUGUCCCUGGGUGUGACAAGCAUCCCUCCUGCACAACUCGAGUUGACCAAUUAUUCCAACUACGUGAAAGACUGCAGCAUUAUCGGCGAUACCUGGAUCGGGAAACAUGGAAAGCUCUUCUUGAAAAGGUUAGGAGACGGUCUUCUGAAGCUUCAGGUCGGGAGUCGAGUUGGGGUCCUGGUGGACUCGUCGAGCGACCUUCACAUCUACGUUAACGGACAGGACCAGGGUGUGGCAAUGACACGUGUAUCACCUCCUUGUUUUGCUGUAUUUGAACUUGAGCGUACAGUCAUUAAGGUGACAGCCCUGCCUACAUCUAGCAGGACAUAAAGAAUAUCCGAGAACAAGAAGAAUGAGACAGUGAAACGUUAAAGUCUUUGUAACUGACAACAUGAGCCUGGCCAUAGAUGAUAGUAAAGAAAACUUCAAAGGAUUUGUUGCAAUAAUCUGUUUACUAAGCAAAACAAAAACAGAAAAGAAACUGUCUUUCAUGUGUUUUUUAAUCACAUAAAAUAAUUAUUUUCCAGUAAGCUGAGAUAGCUAGAAAUUAAAGGACCUGUAGGUUCUGAAACACCAAACAAAAAGAUCAAUUAUACAGGUAGUCCUCGGGUU